AUGCCUCAUGCGAAAGUGUCGAAACCGCUGAAGAAGAAACCGGUUCCAAAUGCGGCUAAAAAAAAAAAGGAUGAGCCACAACUGAGAAGUUUGCCGAGAAAACGCACACAGGCAGUUCCUUUUCAACUCGUAGAUUCUGCGACUAUUAGGCCAGCGAAGAGAAGAAAGAUAGCAAAAGCAUCUGUUAAGAAAAUAGAAGAAAAUAAGAAGAAAGCGAAAACGCUGAAGCCCAAACCCAAAACAUCGAAAGCAGCAGGAAGUAAAAAGAAUGGAAAAGUUACCGCUAAAGUUAAAACCGGGAAAGUUACGAAAAAGAAAAUCCCCAAAGAGCCGAAGGUUAAAGCUAAAGCAAAGAGAGGAAACGAUAAACUGAAUCCAAGAACUGGAGUUCCCCAAUAUGAGGAGAAUCCUUUCUUGGAUAAACCUCUUGAGGAUCAAAUCAGUAACAAAAGCUUCCAUCGUGUUGUAAUUAGGCAUAUCCUCAAGAAGAAUACAAAAGGUCUCGAGUCUAUAUUCAAAGCCAACAAGAUCAAUGGAUCAAAUUUGACACAAACUUUUUCUUAUGAUAUUGACAUGUCACCAGAGAGUGCGAUUGCACUCAGCGGUGACUUGAAACUGAUCGAAAAGUUUUUCAAGCUUAGGAAGCAACUUAGUAAUGAAAAGUUUGUAGGAAAUGAAACAAAUUUACUUCAUCAGAAGCAAACAGGGAAAUCCAGUUAUUAUAUGAUUGGACGACAUACGCGGGGGGUCGAGAUGACAAGAGGAGGAAAAGAAGGCAACAACGCUUUUCUUAAAUACGAAGGAAAAACUAAGCGACUCCACAACUCUUGCUACGAACUGUUGGAGCACAAUGUGGAUUAUGAUGUCCUCCAAAAGUUAUCUAAGAUCUCAGACUCCGCCGUUAAUCAUCAUUAUCUUUCUUCCGGCGUCGUUCGUGCUGCACGUAUGGGUCACGUCUCUCUAGCAUCAAAGUUGGCUGAAGCUGAAGCCAAAGACAAUUUUAAUGAUCUUCAUCGUUUCACCCUCAAAGGAGGCGAUAUGCCAGCAAGAAUUUUGCCAGUAUCAUUGGCAAAGAAAGGCUUCAAUAAUGCCAAUAUUACGCCUAUUCAUACCGCUGCUAUAAAUGACGACAUUAAAAUUCUAAAAAGGUUGAGCGAAAUAGAUCCCAAUAUAAAUAUUCCGGACAAAGAUAAUUGGUAUACAACCCACUAUGCUGCUGUCAGUGAAUCUUCGGAAGUUCUACAGUAUUUAUUGAAUCACACAGGCGCUCCAAUAAACUUAUUCACCAAGAGUUUGGAAUCACCCCUUCAUUGUGCUGUUAGAGCUGGAAGAUUACAUAAUGUGAAAAUUCUUCUGGAUCAAAUUAAGAAGAAUGAAGGCGAUAUCAAGGCUGAAAAAUCCCUCGUGAAUAUGCGGAAUCGAGCUGGAGACACUCCUUUAAUGCUAGCUAUACGUUAUAACAGGGUUGACGUAGUUGAAGCUUUACUAAGCCACCCAUCUAUAGUUCCCGAUAUCCCCGCUUCAGUAGCACAAAUGAAAAGAACGGCACUUAUGCUUGCUUGUGCUCUAGGCUUGAAGCCUAUUGCCAAAAUGUUGGUAGAGAGAAACUGUCUUGUUGAAGGAAAAGACCAAAAAAAAAGAACUCCUCUAAUUCACGCUUGUCUCAAUGGUCAAACUCAUAUUGCUGCUUAUCUUCUCCAACUGGGUGCAGAUUUGAAAGCUAUAGACAGUUCCGCUAAUUCUGCUGCUCAUUAUGCUGCAGCUUAUGGUUUUACGGAUUGUGUAACCUUACUGGCAGAUAUUGAUCCAACUGUUCUAUCAAUGGAGAAUGAUUGGAAAAUAAGUCCGUUUUCUGUUGCUUAUUUGAAAGGACAUUAUCGCCUAGUUUCCGUUCUUCUCAAUGGAAAAUAUAAAGCGUACGUGGACAUAAACGGAAAAGAUUCUGAUGGUGUAACGCUUCUAUCUUCCAUACUGAGAUAUAGCUCCGAUACAUCUGGCGAGAUACUCUAUGACCAAUUAAACUUCCUCAUUAGCAAAGGGGCUGAUUGUGGUCUCCCUGAUGGACGAGGCAAUACACCUUCUCAUGAUUUUGUGAAUCUUAAACUUCCUGUGAUACCGGCAGAGAGUUCUUACUCGAACUCUUUGACUGGCUAUAAAAAAUGCUGCGAUUUACUUCUGAAGAAUGGAGCUUCUCUAACUGCUCGCAAUGACAAGGGUGUAACUCCUUUCCACAUGAUUUGUGGAAAUGGUAACUUUCAUCUGCUCCCUUGGCUUCUGAACGGCUUCGAUUUAGAUAGUCAUGUAUUUUUCCAAGAUUGGUCUCAAGAUCGAGGUUUCUUACAUGAUCUUCUGAAAGCGGCAAUAGUUGCUUUCGAGAAGCAUUCCAAUAAUUUAAAUUACUCUUUUGACCCUGCUUGCUAUGAUGUGCUUCACAUCAUUCAACUCUUGUCAAAGAAGUUCGGAAAUGAUUUCGACGUACAGAAAGAGCUGAGCAAAACCAACAAUGAAGGAUUAACACCUCUCAUGGAAAUGUUGAAUUGCCUUAAAAAUGGCUCUUGGGCUGGUUCGAAAAAUGUGUCUUCUACAGCGUUAGAGCAGUUCACAGACUUUAUUUUCCAACAAGUUCUCGGAAUUAUCAAGAUUGAUAGAUCAGCAUUGCUGAAGCAGUUUGAGAUUAAAAAAGAAAACGAUGUGAAUCCUGUGAAAACAUCAAUCCUUGCUGUAGCUCUAUCCAUCAAAUUUAACGAGAACUUCAAACUACUUCAAAAGAUUAUAGUUGAUUCCAAAUCAUAUUUGAAAAACCUUAACCCAUGGACUAUUCAAAUUGGAGAGAAACCAAUUCUUAUCGCAGCCAUUGAAACAAACGAGAAGGCUGUCAAAAUCUUGUUGGACAAUCUCGAAUAUGGUGAAGACGAUAAGUGCUUCCUUGAGUUGUACGACUUCCCGGAUACGAAUGAUCCAAAACUCAAAAUUCAAAAAAACGCUCUGAUGUUGAUGGUCGAGCACGGUAUGCUUAAUGAAAUCUUGCAACUUCCCCUGACUACGGAAGCUUUGUCACCUUCAGAUUCAGAUGGUAAUAACUUAGCGCAUUAUAUUGCUAGUAGAAACCACCCUCAAUCGGUCGAACUUCUCCAGAAAUUACGGGCUAAAAAAUUCUUCAACAAAAAUAAGAGGGGAGAAACCCCACUGCACAAAGCAGUAAUAGCCUGCACAUCAGGAAAGAGUUCGUUGUUAGAUACCCUCGAGUAUUUCUCUGCCAACAUAUCCGUUGAGAUUGCUGAUGAUGAAGGGAGGACAGCUUUGCAUUAUGCAUUUGGAACUAGAGAAUCGUUCGAUGAUAUUUCUUUGUUAGUGAGACGUGAUCCCAUUGCAAUCAUUUCUAUCUUGACUGCAAAAGCUACUCCUGAAUUGAUGAAUAAGAAAGAUACUUACGGUAACACGGCUCUGCACUUAGCAGCUUACUGUGACUCUAACGUUUGCGCUGUGUCUUUAUUGAGAAAAGGGGCUCUGAUCAAUGAUGAGAAUGAGGACGGGAAUACUCCACUUGGCAUUGCAGUUAGCCGGGGAAACAAAACCGUAGCUUUGGCUUUGCUUCAGGCAAAUGCUGAUGUUCAUAGAAAGGUUCUCCUGGAAGACCCUGAAGAGGAAAAGGACACCUGUUGGCUUUGGAAAGGAGAUCUUGAUGAUAAGAAAGAGUCAGAAACCCUAUCUUCUAUCAUUAGGGAAGUUAUUAAACGUGAAAAAGACUGGGAGUCCAUGGUUUAUGUCAUGAUUGAUGUAAUUGGAAAUGAUUCAAACGCUUUCAACCAGUUAGUGGAAUGCUGUCUUCAGUUCAAACAAUAUACGCUAGCUAAUCAGCUUCUGAAGUCGAUUGAACUCAGAAGUGGGAAUGAAACAUUUGAGGACAAACUUCGGCUAUUCGAUCAAUUUGCUCGCUAUCACCCAGGUAACUUGAAGAAAGGAGAAAUUGAUGACAUAGUAUUCGACCGUCUUCUACGCAUUGGAGCUGUACUGUUGGAGGACAAUGUCUGCACUCCAAUCGAGUUAGCUUUACGUAAAGGGAACUUCUCACUCUAUAAAAGGAUCAAAGAGGUCAUCGGAGAAAAGCAAUUUUCACUGUUGAAACCGUCAAGUCUUUAUGGAGGUCCAUUGAAGGAAAUAAUUCACGCCUUGUCUAAACAAUAUAUUAACUGGGAGGGAAAACAUAUAUUGAAACAAGUUUUACAAAUCAACAAAAUAAGCCGGGAUGAUUCGCUAUCAUUACCUCUGAUGAAACAUCUGAAAUCGGAAUCAAUCGAUGGUCCCUUCACAGCAUUGGAAUGGGCUUGCCUUCACGAUUUGAAAGACUUGGUCGUAGUGUUGAGAGAAAUGGAUUUCGACUGUAAUGUCGUCGAUAUCUAUGGAAGAACACCUAUUAUGAUGAUUGCUUUAGCUAACUCUCAAUCAGCUUUCGAAGCUCUGUAUUGUGAAAAGUACGAAAAACCCACUGUAGCUAAAAAGCAAAUAACUGCCAAUAGAAACACAAUUUUCACGAUCAUGUCAUCACCACGUUCAGAAGAUGAGAAUGCUGAUUUCGCUCCAAAUGCGUAUGGCUCUGCAUACGAAGAAAGCUCAGACGACGGCACCUCUUCGAAUUCUGGUUCUCAUAGUAGUAAUAGAGAUGAAGAACCAGAAGAUAAUAAUGAUUCUGAGCAAACCUAUACCGUGAAGAUCAACAACAAAAAGUUUUCGCUCUCAGCUAAGGAUGAAAAUGGAAAGAGCGUUUUCCAUUACUUCGUUGAGCCUUUCUCGUGGGAGAACGUAGAUUUUUUGAAAACUCUUGUUGAUCAUUUUGGUAAAAAUGCGAAAGCGAUACUUGCUGAAGCCGACAAAGAUGGCAAUACACCGGCUGAAAUCUGCAAGAAAACUCUUCAAGUGAAAAUGUAUAAAGCAAUCCAAAAACAUCUUUCGUCGACCGUUCAGAAGAUUGUUAUUCCUCUUCCUUCAGUCUCUAUUUCCUCUCCUUAUAACAUCGACGAACUAGCUGAUAAAUAUUUAAGUGAAUAUACUGAAAAUGAUUCAAUCGAGCUCGUCGAUGAAUUGAAGCCAAAUGAACUCAGUGGUUAUGUAGAAACAGGUACGAUUGUGAUCUGUCCGGAAACAGGAGAGCCCAUGAAAGCCUUGAUGAACAAAACUGAUAUUGGAUAUGGUCGCUAUGGUUUCCAUAACUUCUAUCGCCUGGAGCUCAUCAAAAGAAAAGACACAGAACUCUACAUUUUAUUCACCAACUGGGGUCGUAUCGGUUCAGGCGAAGGGGAGCAUCAAAUCACACCUUAUGGAUCUCUUGAAAUAGGUGUGAAGGAGUUCAAAUCUGUUUUCAAAUCAAAAAUGGGGCAAGAAUGGAAGAAAUUAUCAGAAAUCGAAAUUAUCCCUAAACGUUAUCGUUUAAUCCAGAAAAUCGAAAAAGUGAAAACUAUCGCUGAUAUUGACAUUCCUCCUUACACCGAGGAUGUUAGCGAGAAAAGUGAAGAAGAUCAGUUUAUAGCUGAUGUUACGGACGUAAAAUUAUUGAAGAAAUAUAUGAAACAGGGAUCGAGUAUGAAUCAAACUUUACCUUAUGGGCGAAUCGAUAAAGCAAGUUUACAAAAGGCUAAGGACAUUCUGACUACAUGUGCUCAAAUUUCGAAAGCUUUUCUUGCGGAUACCGAAGCGACCACAAUUACUCUGGAAGAGAAAACUUAUACGAUUUUAGAAGCGUUACAACAAGUGAAUGAUCUCUCAAGCGAAUUUUAUGCUAUUUUACGACCAGGUACUUUUGAAAGCUCAAUGCUGCCUCGCUUCGACAGCCAGCAUGAAAUCAAACAAGCAUUCGAUCUCAUCAGACGCUUAACUGAAAUAGAAGCCGCAACAAGGAUUUUAAUAGCAUCUCUCAGUUAUCCUAGUAUUGACAGAUUAACGUUCAUCAGGCAAUCGUUGACAUGUGAACUGAAAAUGCUCGCUGAAGAUGAUCCUAUGUCACAGCAUAUUCUCCAUUGGAUUUCAAAUUCUUCCAAGCCACAUCCUAGUGUUAAGGGUAUCAUGUCUAUCUUGCCAGAAAAACCAUUAGGAAAAUUCGCUCAGUUUGCUAAGGAAGACAAACAAAUAUAUCUUUUCCAUGGCACUAAGCCAACCAACAUAGUUUCUAUCAUUGAGAAUGGUCUACAAACUAAUCCCGUUUUUGCUCGAAGAACUGGUCAGCUCUUUGGAGAAGGGGUUUAUUUGGCUGAUACAUUCGAAAAAAGUCGAGGAUACUGUGCACCUUCGAAAAGAGGAAUGAACUACAUGCUCAUCUGCCAGGUUGCUCUCGGUGACAUUGUGGAAGAAGUUUCUAAUCAAAGCACAUUCUAUCGCACAGAAUUUACUGAGUUCAAGGAUUCUCUGGUUGUUCGAGGAAUCCACUACCCAUCUUCUUCUCUAACUGUCAAUGGAAUUCCAAUGCCUCUGGGCGAAGUGAAAAUUGAUAGAAAACGAUCUAUGAACCACACAGAGUAUAUUAUCCGAGACGGGGAACGUGUUCUACCGCGGUUCUUAAUUCUUUUCAAAAAUUAA